AUGUGGUUAAGCAGAUCGUGGUAUUGGUUGGUGGUUUUGCUAUGUUCUCAAACUUCGAUGUUGGUUGCGAUGAAGCUAAUGCCCGAAGAGGAUUAUGAUACAGAUGUUUGGGUUAGAGUGAUGUCGAUGGCUCAAGGUAUUAAGGUUGAUAUGAUGGGACGGGAUAUUAGCACAGGGUCAACUUCUGUAGGUAGAUCUGCUGCUAUAGUGAGUAACAUGAGUGUGGAAAUUCUAGUACCCCAAACUAUCAUUGCUUUGGUUUAUGGGGAGAAUGGAAGCAACCUCACUCAUUUAAGACAGCAUAUUUCAGGUGCAAACGUGGUAGAGCAUGAGCCACGUUCAGGAACAAGUGAUCACAUUGUGCUUAUUUCGGGUACUCCCAAUGAAACCCGAUCUGCUCAGAGCCUCCUUCAAGCAUCCAUACUUGCAGACCAAUCAUAA